CGCCUGGCAGCGUGCCUGCCGCGCCGCCGCUUUAUAAAUACGCCGGCUGGAGCGGCGCGCGCACCGCAGACGGACUCGAACAGCCGGCCCGAGCGCACACACGCCGCUCCGCUCCGCUUUUCCUCUCAACCGACGCAGAAACCCCUCGAGUGCGACGACGCAAUGGCCGACGGCGGAGUCAAACGCAACAUCCCCAUCAAGCUGGGCGACUUCAGCGUCAUCGACACCGAGUUCAGCAACAUCCGCGAGCGCUUCGACGCGGAGAUGCGCAAGAUGGAGGAGGAGAUGUCACGCUUCCGCAGCGAGCUCAUGAACCGCGAGUCCAACUUCUUCAAGAGCACCACCAGCACGUCGUCCACCACGUCGUCCACCAACGACGGCGCGCGCGGGGGCGAGGUGCGCACGUGGCUGGACGGGCUCAACUCGCCGCUCAUCCAGGACGAAGGCAGCAACAAGAUGCUCAAGCUGCGCUUCGACGUCAGCCAGUACCAGCCCGAGGAGAUCGUCGUCAAGACCGUCGACAACAAGCUGCUGGUGCACGCGAAGCACGAGGAGAAGACGGAGAGCAAGUCUGUGUACCGAGAGUACAACCGGGAGUUCAUGCUGCCCAAGGGCACCAACCCCGAGAGCAUCAAGUCGUCGCUGAGCAAGGACGGCGUGCUGACGGUGGAGGCGCCCCUGCCAGCCAUCGAGGGCGAGAAACUCAUCCCCAUCGCGCAGCAGUAGAGCGCGCGCGCGUCGCCCGCACCGACCACGAUUCCCGAACACAAAAUGGACGCGCGCAAAAGCAAAUGGCCGCUCUAUAUCUAUACAGCCUAUUUAAUUCUAAUAUGUUAUUUAUUGAAUAUUAUUGAAGAAUUUUAACGACUUUAAAAAUAAAAUUGUAUUUAAUUCCAAUCAAAAUGUAUUCGUUUUUUUAAUGGGAAGAAGUUCCCUAAUACACCAUGAAGAUUGACUGCGUAGAAUUGGUAUCAUUGUAAUACCAGCGUUUUAUUUACGAGGUCGGGACUAUGUCUUAGAGCCCAAUGGAGACUACGAAUUGUGUAAGUAAUGGCUUAACAGCAAAUGUAGUUAAUGGCUUAAUAAUGGGUACUAGGGUAUUUCUUUGGCAGCUACAGUGUUCAUAAUAUUUAAAGCAGUGCUACCCUCAUUUACUUUUAAUAUUCCAAGAUUGUACUUACCGUUUUAAUUAUCUUCUCGCUAAAUCGAAAAAAAGUAUUCAGAAAUUUAAUUAAAAUGGCAAUAAAAUCCAAAAAUUAGUUAUUUAUUGACUUUACACUAAACGUUCGGGAAUCGUGUCGUUUGUGAAACAGCCGUCAUUAUUUGGCAUUCAAUGCGACACCUAGCAUAAAUUCCACCAAGAAGCAUGAGAAGCGACGGCUAACAGCAAUUCCUGUUUUCCUCUCACACACGCGGAAAGCAAGCGUUGCCACGGGGAUGCAAAUCACCCUUUUAAAAAUGGUUGAUUUUUGCCAACACUCGCGUCAAUUUCGGGCACAAAACAUGAAUUGACACUGCUGAAUACUACUUCGCCUCACGAUGAUUCAGCACAGUUUUAUGCAACGCCGUUGAAUAGACCAUCUCACGCUAUUUUUUACACCGAGCUUUUUAAUCUAGUUUUGAGAUACAGAAAAUAUUUUUAUGUGUACUUUGCAGAUAGCAAAUGCAUAGUUCUUGAGAAUUUCUCACACAGUGAAUCUAUAGGACGUUUUAAUUACAAUACCAGAGGUUAAAAUGUAAGUUAGGCUUUCAUAAUCAAAUAAAAGAGAAAAUCAACGUAUCUGUGUUUUCAAUCAAUUAAAAGAGAGAUACACUUAUGUAUGUUUUCAUGUGAAAUCUUCAGAGCAAGUUUAAAGUCGUGCUGAUGACAUAGUAUAUAUUGUAAAAAUAUUUCGUGACUUGACUUUCAUAACGCAACUGAUAGGCGCUCGCAGAUGGUUUAAUUCCUACUGUCAAGGCUACUGUAGUUUGGAUUGUACCAGCUGCAUGCGACUUGAGUUGUCGAUGCUGCAGUGUUUGCCAUGAUGCAUGUUACAACACUGUCUUCUGUUCGUUGUGUGUUAAAAAUUUGAGUUAUUGUAUAAAUAAUUCUUUUUACAAAAAAUGUUAGCACUAAAAUAAAGUGUUGAAUAAAGUGGUUACA